UUCUCUUCUGUUUUCUUUUCCGGUGUCGCCGUGCGUGUGUCUGUCGUCGGUGUGUGCCACGCUGUGUCUAAGCGCGCACCGCUUAUGUGUCCGUCCGUGUGAGGUGGAGAGAUAGGAAAAGAGUGGACAAAGGCUGGCUGGUAUUGCUGUUUAUCCAGGAGGAAAGAGAGGAGAGCGUGCUGGGGAAGCAUGCAGGGUUCGGGCGAGGCCCGGAGAGGCCUUAGUCCCGCGGCCGGACCAGGAUAAGGGAAUCGGGAACAGACGAAGAGGGAUCGGCUCCGUGCGAGCAAACGCGGAGAGAGGAGAUAACCGAGUUGGGAUCUAGGGCGGUAGGAGGAUCGUCCUUGGGCUGAGAUCGCAGGAAACGCGGGAAGCGAGCUGGACUCGCUUUCGGGCGCAUGGAACAUGAUAGAGAUGUCGAGCGGAAUCGGUGCAACUGCAAUGGGGAUCGGCGUUAGUCACGGGACAGGGGGUGGCGAGGGUGUCGCUGGUGGGUGUCGGCUACGCGCGCAGAGCCAAGGCCAGGCGAGUGGCUCGUCCAGCAACACGCAGCAGUCCUCGCAGCAGCAGCAACAGCAGCAACAGCAGCUCCAGCAGCAGCAACAACAGCCACCCUCCUCGCAGCAGGCACAGCAGCAACAGCAACGACAGCCAUCUGGGAUCAUGGGUCGCUCGAAGAAGGACAACUGUUGCCUUUGCUGGUGCUGUUGCUGUAGUUGCUCGAAUAAAUGUUUGGCGGCGGUUGGCGGCAACUCGGCGGGCGCAGGAGGCGCAGGAGAGCAAGGGAAGAAGAAGGGUAACGCGGGCGUGGGCAGCGAGCACUCAAGCAUCGUCGGCGACGAACUGUCCGUAGCGGGGAACGGAUUCGACGGUCUCGACGGCCUCGACGUGGAGUGCAGCCUGGAUGAGAUCAGGUCGUGGGGCUCGUCCUUCGACAAGCUGAUAAGGAGCCCCGCGGGUCGUUACUUCUUCAGGCAGUUCCUCCUCAGCGAGUACAGCGACGAGAACAUCGCGUUCUGGAUGGCCUGCGAGCAGCUCAAACGCGAGACCAACCCCGAGGAGAUCGAGAAGAUGGCGCGCUACAUCUACGAGCGUUACAUAUCCAUAUCCUCGAAGAAGGAGGUGAGCCUGGACUCGCAAGUGCGCGAAAUAGUGAACCGCAACAUGGUGAAGCCUACGCCGCACACCUUCGACGAGGCCCAGCUACAGAUCUACACUCUGAUGCACCGUGAUUCGUAUCCGCGUUUCGUGAACAGCGAGAUCUAUCGACGGGUGGCGAGCCUUGGCUGCGGUAUACAACCUGGUAACAACCAAGAGCACACCGCGGUCAAGCCGAAGGGUAAGAAGGGUACGACGUAA